GAAAUAAUAUUUGAUAAACUGCGGUUGGCGAUGCUGUCUGUACUCAUCCCUCUUUUUCCAAAAAAAAAAAAAAAUGACGUUACUUUUGACAUUGACAACUCUAUCAGCUGUCAUCCUUCUUAAAGAAUAAGACUGCUGAACGAUGGUUGCUGGUACUUUAUACACCUACCCGGACAAUUUCCGUGCCGCGAAGGCAUUGAUUGCCGCUCAAUACUCGAAAGCCGACGUAAAAGUCGCCACGAAUUUCGUAUUCGGCGAAACCAACAAGACCAAGGAGUUCCAACAGAAGUUCCCUCGUGGAAAAGUUCCAGCUUUCGAGGGUAAAAAUGGUGAAUUGUUACAAGACAGCAAUGGCAUUGCUUACUAUGUAGCCAACGAGCAACUUACCGGCAAAACCGAUUACGACAGGGCACAGAUUUUACAGUGGAUCGGUUUUGCUGAGGGUGAUGUCUUACCAGCUGGAUGUGCCUGGGUCUUCCCUAUUUUGGGUAUUAUUAAGAAUAACCCCAGUACACAAGAGGCAUUCCAAAGGGCAAAGAAUGACAUGAAAGCAGCCCUUACCACCCUCAACGAUCACCUCUUAACAAAGACUUACUUGGUUGGAGAACGUAUUACUUUAGCCGACAUCGUUGUAGCAUGCAACUUAUUGAAUCCGUACAAGUAUGUGUUGGAUCCUGACUACAGAAAGCCUUUUGUUAAUGUUAACAGGUGGUUCCUUACUUUAAUCAAUCAGCCGGAGUUCAAAGCAGUCUUAGGGGAUGUGGUGCUCUGCGAUAAGCCAGCCCAAGCUGGUGGUGCUCCUUCGGGAGAUGCCGCGCAUAGUAAAAAUAAGUCGGUAAAUAAGGAAAACAAGCAUAAGGAAAAUAAAGAGAAACAAAGAGAGAAAAGUAAUGAGAGUUCUGAAAAAGACAAGGCAGAGCCUGCCGAAAAGUCUGGUAGUAGAAAGAGAGGUAAAAAUAAGAAGAAGGAGGAAAAGAAACAGCAGCAACAGCAAGAAAAAAAAGAGAAACCCAAGAAAGAAACCCCUAAAAAGGAACCGGAGGAAGAAAUGGAUGCUGCCGAAGCGGCUCUAGCUGCAGAACCCAAAAGCAAAGAUCCCUUCGAUUCUAUGCCAAAAGGAACUUUUAACAUGGACGACUUCAAACGCGUCUACUCCAACGAAGACGAGUCCAAAUCCAUCCCGUACUUUUGGGAAAAGUUUGACCCUGAAAACUACUCCAUCUGGUAUGGAGAGUACAAAUACCCCGAAGAACUCACUAAGGUCUUUAUGAGUUGCAAUUUAAUCACUGGCAUGUUCCAGCGUUUGGAUAAAAUGCGUAAGCAAGCUUUCGCUUCCGUAUGCCUCUUUGGUGAGGAUAACAACAGUACCAUUUCCGGAGUGUGGGUGUGGCGCGGCAAGGAUUUAGUCUUUCCCUUGAGCCCCGACUGGCAAGUGGACUACGAAGUCUACGACUGGAAAAAACUGGAUCCCAACUCCGAGGAGACGAAGAAACUCGUCCAGAACUACUUCUCGUGGACCGGCGAGGAUAAGGACGGCAGGAAGUUCAACCAGGGAAAAAUAUUCAAAUAAAUUCGUUUUUUUUUUGUUGAACAACGAUUUGUUAAAUUAAGUGUACUCGUUUGUGAUUAAAAAAAAAGUUAUAAUGGGCCAUCCUCUUUUUUUUUAUUGUUGGUUUAUUUAUCUCAGUAAUAAAGUAUGAUUUUACAUUA